AUGGAGCUUCCCAGUUACAGCAAGCAGCUGCUGCAGCAGCUGUACGCUCUCUGCAAAGAGCAACAGUUCUGUGAUUGCACCAUCUUCAUUGGGAAUGUUCAUUUUAGAGCACACAAGGUGGUUUUGGCUGCUGCCAGCCUGCUUUUUAAAUCCUUGUUGGACAGCACAGACACCAUCUCCAUCGAUGCUUCUGUGGUGACACCUGAGGAGUUUGCACUCUUGCUGGAGAUGAUGUACAGUGGCAAACUCCCACUGGGGAAACACAAUUUCACCAAAGUGAUCUCUGUGGCAGAUAGUCUGCAGAUGUUUGAUGUGGCUCUUAGCUGCAAAAACCUCCUCAGGGACCUCAUCAGCUGUUCGACUCAGGACCAGGUAGUGAGAGAAGUCUCCAGCCAGGCAGGAGACUCAUCUGGGAACUGUGCUGAAGCUAAUAACCUGCCCCAGUCUGAAAAAUGUGCUGAAGGAAAAACAGAGCUUUUCCUCCUUCAGGGAGUUUCCCCUUCUCCUGGCCCUGUAGAAGCAGAAAUGGAAGCAGAUGUUGCUCUUCCUGGCCAGGAACUUUACAUAAAUCACACCUGGGUUCACCAGGAUGAGAUGCCAAGUGACUCCAGAUCCCUCCGGGAGGAUUCAGGCUCUCGUCCUGGUCAGCCUGCCCCUGCCGAGCAGGGUGGCUCUGCGGAGGAGGAGCUUGCUGAGCCGCUGGAGGAGAAAGGAGGAGCGAGGGAUUUAGCAGAAGAGAGCAAAAGCUGUAAACAGGAUUUCUUUCUUCGCUAUGAAAGUAUUUUCUCGGAGGCCCUUUCUGAUGCCCAAGCUGUGCUGAAGAGACUAGAAGAGUGCAGGGAAAUUGAUGCCCCUCAAAAGGAGGCUCUGGUUGCCUGUCUGGCAGAGGCAGGGGAGCAGUCAGUGUUUAAGAAGCUGCUGAACAAAGUGAAGGAUGCUCAGGCCCUGGAUGCUCAGACUCUCGUGUCUUUACUGAAGCUGUUUCAAGACGCAAAUCCCAAGCUGAGAGCAGCUUUGCUGGAGAGGGAACAGAGCAGUGGAGAAGCCCUGCAGCAAACAGAGAGCACAGACAAGGGAGAGACGCUGUCCGCUCGCUUGCUGAGAUGCAGGGAGGAGCUGAUCCAGAGCGUGACACAGCUGAGCCCCAUCAUAGAGUUCCUGGAGAUGGCUGAAGAGGGAUUCCUGACUGCCUCAGAGAAACGGGUAGUUUUGGAUUGCUGUGAAGGUGGCUCUCGGAGGGAAGCCAUGGACAAUCUGCUCAGGAAGGUGGAUGAAGAGAAAACGCUGAAAGCAGAAAGUUUGGUCAAACUUCUAGGGGCUGUGAAAGCAUCAUUCCCUGGUCUCCACCUUCUGCUAGACAACUUGGUGGCAACAGCAAAUGUCUCUGAUGGCAAAGCCUGCUAUUGCCUCUUUCACCAUCCUGGAGAGCUUUCUCUUCUUACCCAGCACUCUAAAUGGAGCCCAGAGGAUUAUGGAGCCAAACUGUUGAGACGAUACCAAGAAAACUUAGUGGAGCUUCUCACAGACACCAAGACUCUGCUGCAGGGCAUCUCUGCUGCACAGAGCCUGACUCCUGCUGAGAGAGAG